UCCGGGCCGGUUUCCACGGAGACGGCUGUAAACACUCGGAGGGCGAUCCCGGGAAAGAUGGCGGUCACUUUAGGUGUCGACAGAAGUUUCGAUUUCGACGUCCACCUGGACGAACGCAUCCAUGAACUGACACUUGAGCAACUCCAGGAAUUAGUGGACAAGAUCAGUAUUUCCAAUGAAGCCUUGAAGAUUGAGUCUGAUAUGCUUGAUAAGUACUAUGACCGUGUGGUGCCCAAGGAAUUGGUCCUUCAAGCCCAAGAUCAAACACAGGAACUAGCCCAGUUGGCACAGGGGAGGUCAAGGCAUCGAUCCCGGACUCGUGCUGUGGCAGUAGAGCGUCUUUUGAUGUUAACAGCAGAGCAGAAGUGCAACAUUGCUUAUAGAGAACUAGAGGAAACAAAAGAAAUACUAUCAAAGCUGAAGCAGGAGUCAGACCACACAAUUCGGAAUUUACAGGCUACUCUUGAGGAAGCUGAAUUUGCCUUGGCCGAUAUAAAAAAAGCAGUCAAUGAGUUUGAACGAGAUAUUGGGUCCUUCACCCAAGGCAAGAAGGGGAGCACAAUUGUAACAGAGACUCUCUUUAAAUAUUUUGAGGACAAAAUCCAUGCCAAAGAAAUGCUGAUUGAUAAGCUGCAACUGAAGAAUCAUGCUUGGAAGAUGCUCAAGGCGAAACUGCACCAACAGCUCCGAUUGAAAGAGGAAGCUGGGGAAGUGCUCCGGGAGGUUGAUUUUCAUCAGCUUAAGAUUGAAAACAGCCAGUAUUUGAAGCAAAUUGAACAAUACAAUCAGGACCUCUUGCAGCUCAAAGUCAUGACCGGGAAGACACAGCUGGUUCUCAAUUCUUAUAAAAGGCAGUUGAAUAGAAUGUCAUCAGAGACAAAGCAACUCAUCAGUGAAAUAAAAUCCAGACAGGACCUGCUUAAGAAGAUUGAAUUUGAGACUACAGAAGUGGAAGAAGAUAAAGCCAAAGGAGAGGAGCUAAACAGGAAGUUUCGUGAUGACAUUUCUAAUUACAGAGUUCCAGAUGUCCUUGAAUAUGUGCGUGAGACAUGGAACCGCUUUGACCUAGAGAAGAAAGUGAAAACCUGGGAACGUAAGGUGGAUAUUGCAGAGCUUGCACAUAAAACCUAUAGUAAAACCUGGGAGAGCAUAAAAAUGUACAAUGAUCAGGAUCAGGACUUAAAUAAAACCAACACAGUCACCAGGAUAUGAAGAACUUCUGGAACUAGAACUUACCACAAACUCAACUAAGUACCAUUCACAUGAAUAGAAAGGGGUUUCCUUAGAAUGAAAAAUUAAUUUAAUCUAGCUGCAAAAGAAGUCAUGUUUUAUGCUGACAGACUGAUUAAAUUGCUAUUUCAAAUAAAUAAAACCAGCCUUUGAUUCUUUGUUUUGU